AUGGCUUUGCGCUUUUGCAACACCAUCACUGGCAAGGUGCUGGAUUUUAUUGAAGUAAAACUGUUGGUGAACGACCCCAAAGAGCGAAUUUUAUCAAGAAAGUUGGUCCGGGUGCUUGAGGAAAUUAUUGUUCAAGCGAAACAUGAUUAUGACACGGCUAUAAAGAAUCGCGGAAUGCUCCCAGACGAAUUCUUCAAGGAGUUGCAGGAUCUGGAUAUUGAAAAAUAUGGAAGCAUCCAUGUCAGCGAAAGCCCCGACGCUGACAGCAGUGACGAUGAAGAAGCAGCUCAUGAAGCUCGGCAGUCCCAGUCUUCCCGUAGUGCUAGUUUGGACAGAUCGUCAGUCAGCGGAGCGAAGUCACCUACCGAUGACGAAAAGACUGAGGAGGCGCCUAGUCCCAGGACUCAACACAGAAAGCUACCAAUCUCUUCUGCAGAACAACACCAGCCUGCCUCAAGCACAUAUAGUGAUGCAGCGACCCAUCGCCCGCCUAGUUCGAGCCGAAACCGAGACUCAUCACCGGAUGAGCACUCUGUUUCCAACCUUGAGAGAGACUCCUCGAUGGAUCGCAGGUCAACCCCAAGCCGUGAGGGGAGUCCCUCUGUUGACGGCGAGCGAGACCUCUGGUCUUUUGGUUUUGGAAUCCCGAAGGCUCGUGCUAAGGCUCGUGCGAAGGGGCAGAAGCAAGAAAGAACCGCAUCCAAGAAAAAUGAUGGAUUUGAUUGGGAAGCAUGGGGUCAGGCUGCUGCUCGUACCGACAUGAUGCCACCAGCAAUGCCUGUUUAA